AUGCAUCUCAAGGCUGAUCAGCAGGGGCGAGCUAAAAAUGCUGGUGCCCUUGGGAGUGGGACAAAAUUUGCCCCAGUGUGGAGGUGGUGGGUGACAGGGGCCUUGGGAGUUGCUCCAUGGGAUAGGGGAGAGUCAGAGCUGGAGCUUAGGAGGUUGGGGAGAGGCCGAGGAUGCCAGGACCCCUGGAGGCAGCAGAAAGGAGACAGAACACACAGAAGGGCCUCCUUCUCUUCCAGCUUUUUAAUUGUCCCCUCUCCUCACACAGUACAUUAUUGCUUCUCCUACAAACUGUUCAAGAGGUGGUGGAAGGGCAUGACCUGGCUACACAAUGGCUCCACCUCUCCGUAUUUUGAUGUUAGUGUGAUUAGGGAUUCUGCCCUUGUUCGGUGCCCUGGGGUCCAAACAUCUGGGAGCAGGGCAGGUGGGCAGCAGGAGGCCAAGAGUUGAAUCAUGUCCCCCUGACAUGCUGGGGAGCAGUAAGCCUCCUCCUCCCCACACCGCUUCUGUGGAGAUUAGAACCUUAUUCUCUUACAGCUGGAAGAAACUCAACAACCUUCCCAGGGAUAAGGAUUGUUUGAAAGGCUUGUUUUCCAAGGAAGCCAGGGAGAAGGCUUGAGCCUGGGGGUUAAAAACAGUUCCUCACUUGACCUAGCUUUCUGGG